AUUCAUCGUGAGCAACAUAGUGAGAAGCAUUGCGAGAAUGUCUGCUGCACAGAGUCUCAUCCAGAACGCCUUCGAUGCCGCAGUGCAGGAGUUCAAAGCAAACCUCAACAACGACGCAGUCUACCAGAAGAUCCUCUCCGUUACCUCCAUCGAUGAAGUCUACGACCUUACCGAUCAGCUUCAGGCCGAACAAGGCAGAAAGGGGCACCUGCGACACCUGGCCAAGAUCGAGCCUUACCUGAACCGUCUCCGCGACUACGCAGCAGUAAUUGAAAACUUUGUCCAAAUCAAGCCGGAAAUCAUGGCCCUGAUCUGGGGCCCGAUCAAGCUGCUGCUCCAGUGGAGUAGCGUUCUAGCUCAGUCCUUUGAUGCAAUCCUUCAAAUAACGGGCGAUAUCGGGGUCUUGCUGCCGGAGUUCCAGGAUUGCGCGGUCUUGUUCGCGCAAAACAGUCGUAUCUAUGAUCUGAUGGUGCUGUUCUUCAAGGAUAUCCUGGACUUUUACCAGGUGGGGUUGAAAUUCUUCACCAUGUCGCGAUGGAAGUAUUUCUUCGAGUCUGUGUGGCCUCGUAAGAGGGACCGUAUCAAUCUGGUUAAGACUCAUAUCGAAAGACACUCUUUGCUUAUGCGGAAUGAAGUACGUCUAGAGCACAUUCGCGAGGAGCACGAGGCUCGAUUGAAGGCCUUGGAGCAUUUCAAAGCCGAGGAACGUGCUCAGCGACUACAGCAGUUUCAUGUGAUCAAAACAGAUGUCAAUCCGAGGAUGUACGAUGACAAGCUGAACUGGUGUCAUGGUCGCAUUUGCGACGGGUCGGGCGCAUGGCUGCUUAGGGACAAGGCUUUCACCAGUUGGCUGGAUUUCUCUGCUGGGACGCCGCCCAUUCUCUGGCUUCAAGGCAUUCCAGGUGCCGGAAAAACAUUUCUUGCCAGCUUAGCUAUCGAUAAGACACGCACAGUAGCCCACACGGCCUUCGCUUUCCUGAGUCACACAUACAGUAGCAGUACUUCAGCUCUGAGCGUGCUGCACUCUUUGAUAUUUCAGCUCGCAGGGCGAAAUGAGGACAUGCAGGAUGUGCUCUGCCAUUCCACCCACGACCGCAUCCGGAGCGAUGUUACUGUUGCCGUCGAGCUUCUCAGAGUCUUAUUGAAUUGUGCAGGUCCCGCAUUUUUGGUUGUCGAUGGUGUAGAUGAGAUCGAGGAGCUUGAACGUGGUAUUCUCCUCAACCAGCUUUUGCUUCUGCCCGAAAAGUGUCCCGAAACGCGGGUAUUUAUCAGCAGUCGGCGAGAGAGCGACAUUGCUGCCAUUUUGGAGAAGAUUUCAGAGUCAAUUCGAAUUGACAAAAGAAACCAGGAAGGCAUUCAGGCAUUUAUAAGUCAGCAGCUGGGACUGAUGUUUGAAAGUCGUGAAUUUCCACCCGACGUCCAGGCGCAGAUACGCCAAUCCAUGGAGCCGCUAGCUUCAAAAGCCAAUGGAAUGUUCUUAUAUGCCAAGGUUGUCUUGAGCAGUAUUGAGCUGCUAGACGACGUCGCGGAGAUUUGCGAAGAGCUGAGCCUCCUACCAGAAGAUUUGGACAGCGCCUAUGCUCGAAUUCUACUUCGGAUCAACAAUCUGCGACCGGCAUCUGUCAAGGCGAAAGCCAGAAGGAUACUAGCCUGGGUGGGCUGCUCACCCACGCCAUUGACUUCGCGGGAGAUGGAGCAAGCCCUGAGUAUUCAACCCGGGAAAGUCAAUGCAGGAAAAAGAUUGAGCGCAGCGCCAAAUCUCAACAAGCUAUGUGGACCAAUAGUUGAAGUUAUUGGCGAAGAAUACGUACAGUUUGUCCACUUUACGGUCAAAGAAUAUUUUUUUAGUACAGCCGUAACCGGUCAUAUCAGCUUUAUCGAUGGAACUCUCGACUUAGCCACAACCUGCAUUACAUAUUUCUGUCAGGGAUUUCACAAUCCUGAUGUCGUCAGCGAUGACGAUCAAUUCACUCAGCAUCUCAUUGAAGGUGGUUACAGGCUGCACUACUAUGCGCAGGAGAGGUGUUUUGAAGUCCUUCAGAUCUAUCUACGCUUGUUGGAUGGUGCAAAGGCCCCCUCGAGUCUUUUAAACUGCCUCAACAUGUUGAUGGCUACGCUCAGGAAUGAUCGAUUCGCACUCGCGGCGGAUGACGGACGCAUUGUGGAAGCUUCGUUUCUGCGUGCCUUUCAAACAGAUCACCCAGAGCUUUAUCAAUUUCUGUACGACAUCUAUCGAUUCCGCCAUAUGUGCUCACAAGAAACAUAUCAUCUGAAUGAAGAAACGAAAUGGGUUGAUUUCGAUCCACUAGCAUCAUCCCAAGUAUCAAUUCGACUUUAUCAAUACAUCAACAAAGCGCAGUGUGCUUCCAGCUCUCACAAUUCCGGAUGUCAAUGCGGCCUGCUUGACCGUGUAUUCGGUUUACAGGCCUACAGAUGCGGAUAUUUAAAUUGUCCUCUCCAACGGCGUGGGUUUGAGUCCAUAGCAAUACAAAAGCGACAUGAAGAUGAACAUACUCGCGUUUGGAAAUGCCCUGUUUCAGGCUGUGAGUAUGAAAAAACCGGAUUUUUGUCUGCAAAUAUGAGAGACCAGCAUGCAAUCAAAGCUCACCGAAAGCAACAUAAUACCAAUGACAUUGUUCACGACAGCCAUAUGUCACCCGAGGACGAGGUAGAGUUUAUCCUAGAUCUAGUCAGGUCUAAUGAUAUUGAGGCUAUCAACUCCCUCCCCCUUACUCUCUUUGAGGCGAGAUUUCGGUUUGCAAACAGCCACCGGCUCAAUCUGGGAAACGUGCUGGGAGAAUUUGGAUCUGCCUCAACUGUUGGGAUACUUUUGCCAUUUGCCGACUUGACAUCGACAUAUUCGGGAGCUAUACAGGCUUCGAAUACUGACCUUCUCAGCUGGCUUAUUGAUACAAAAACAAUAGACAAGGGGCAAUGGAGGUUAGCAUACGUUUGCAAAGAAUUUGUAAAGUGCGAUUCAGCAGAGAUGUACGACUUUGGCCGCAGAUGGUUUGCGAUGAUUCGAUUUAACAGAUUGUACCUUCCAGUCAUGAACGAAGCUGUGAUCGGUGUUACAGCAAGACUACCUCGCAGAGAGGACUUUUUGGUCUCACUGUGGGAUUAUGCUUGGAUGGAAUUGAGACAAAUUGAUAUUUCACAGGCGUUGAAGGCCGUUGCCAAGACAACCUGCUCUCUAAGGCUUGGACAGAUUCUGAUUCAACAUGGAGCCAAGGUAAAUUGCACCGUCAAGUCAAAAAUUACGGCACUGGGAUAUGCAACAAACAAACCUGCUCGCAAAAAUGCUCAAUUCGCCAAAUUUCUUCUAUUCCAUGGCGCUGACCCACAGCACACUUCGGCCUCCGGAAGAAAGAUAUCUGACCAGAUUGGGGCGAAGAGGAUAUCUCAUUGGCUUGGGAUUUCAUGGGAUGAUUUGGUAGAACAGGCUAGGGCCCAUGCAGAUGAAAAUGCAACCACCUCUUGAGUAUGCCACAGACAAAACAAGCCAAUGAUGGGUGACUUUUGUAUCUCAUGUGUCAUAUGAAUGCACGCGAAAUUUCGACUUUGAGACAUUAUAUACACGUUAAUGAUCAUAAAUCC